AUGGCUCAGCGGCUCACUCUGCGCACGCGCAACUCCUACAACACCAAGUCGAACCGCCGACGGGUCGUCAAGACCCCCAACGGUGACAUCCGUUACCUUCACAUCAACAAGCUCCCCACCUCGCCCAAGUGCGGUGACUGCCACACCGCUCUCCCCGGUGUGAAGGCGGUGCGCCCCCGUGCGUACGCGACCCUGAGCAAGCGCGAGAAGACCGUCCAGCGCGCCUACGGUGGUAGCCGCUGCGCGAACUGCGUUCGCACUCGCGUCAUCCGCUCCUUCCUUGUCGAGGAGUCGAAGAUUGUGAAGAAUGUCAUCAAGGCUCAGUCCAAGCAGUAA